AUGAGCAAACCUAGUCUCAUGCAGACUUUGUUGAAACGCCCAUCACAAACCUACUCAUUCCCUCACGAAAAGGAAUAUUUCUCCACCAAGAACGACAUGCUUCGCUUGGCGGCCGAAUCCGCUGACCCACUACGGGACGUCGAAGCUUCGAGCUCUUCGUCGAGCGCAACGCGGAGUCGCACCAACCUCCCUGGCGAUAACUCUCCAGGAUUUGGUUACUCGAAACCACUUCCUCCGCAUAACCCUCAGGAUUGGGUCAUGAAUGGAGUCACCCGUGGUAAUCGACUGGGUGCGGGCAGCGAGGUGCGGCACAACGAUGCGAAAUCCCCCGCUCACCGACCUCGAUAUACGGAAGCUACGAAGUUCCAGACCACUUCGGCGUCGGGCAGUACUGUGAGGAAGAAGCGUUCCUCUUCGUCACGGAAAUCCCAGCGGUUAUCAGAGUCAUUUGACGAUCCGGAGGACUCUGAUUCGUCUCAGGACGUCUUCUAUACCCCGAACACGUCGCCACGAACCUCCAUGGCGUCGUCGGUCGCGGUCGUGACUACCCCCUUCGCCUCUUUGGGACCGCCGGAAACGCCGCCCGUUCCUCCGAUCCCUCAAUCCACUAAUCCCAAAGCCAAGCUUCGCAGGUCCCAACCCUUUGUUAUUGCCUCCGACUCGAAGAGCAUACCAUCUAAUUCAAAUAUAUCCCUGACUUCGACGAUCGUCAGUACAUCUGCAGAGGGUCGAUCUUUUUCCGCGCUAUCGGACACUCACUCCCAGUUGACUGACACGGACACAAUCACCCCCAUACAGUCUGACGACGGUCACAGCAAACCGACGUCGCCACCUUCGCGUGAUCCUGGCAGUCAAAUCUCCUCUUCAACAAGGCGACAUACAAAUGGACACGAUCCUUCUUCCGUCGCCGUGAGGGCCACCAUCACUAAGCGAGUCCCAGUACCAACGAUUGAUCGUCAACCCGGCCAGAGUACACCUCCCCAUAGUUCUAUCUCUAGCAACACAGUGUCCGUUGACGAUAAAUCAGUUCCCUCAGCGGCAGAAAAUAAUCAUCGUGUACCCUCUAGACCACUCCCCACUCAAUCCCGUCGUCGAGAGAUGGUCAAUACCCCUCGGCGGCCGAAGAAUAUAUCCAAACCGCCGCCAAACAUCAUGAUUGGUAUGGACGCUCUCAUAGAGGAGGAUGAAGACACCGUCAGCACUAGGAGUCGGAGUAUCAGAAACGGGAGAGACGGGCUCUACACAUAUCCUGGAGGCCGAGUAUCUGUAGCCAGAUCUGACGAUCAGAUGAUCGUUGAAGAAGAUCAACUCCUACCGGGCUCGUCGACAGAAGAUUCGGAAUCAUCCAAUACACGACAAAUACGCCAUCGGCGUUCUCGCUCACUAGAUUACGGAUCGUCUACAUCGAAGAAAUUCGACAGUCGAUUCGUUCCACCGGUCAACUAUGAGGAACCUGCAGCGUUGCCCUCGCACGGCACUCGCGGAUAUUCUUCCCUCACACUUCCCCGAGCGCCGCCACCACCUUCCACAGCUCUUGGCAAUGUCUCCAAUGCCGAAGGACCGACACAUCUAGACGGGAGUGGCAAGAUUGACUUAACGAAGAGUGGCAUUGCUCAAACAACGAUGGCAACUGUAGAGGUUGUUAGAGGGCUGGGCCGCAGGUCUAGUAGAUCGAAAGGCUGGAAACUCGUGAAAGGACUCUUUGGUAGACAGGUUGCGGACGGCAAUGGUGUUGACCUUGAGUUCACAAGCUACCGGCCUCCUCCAAACUAUGUCCCCGCACGAAGUAUCUUAGUGCAAGUCUGGGCUGUAGCGAUGGAUGAGGUUGACUUGAGAUUACUGGGAUUGGGCGUUUAUGACGGUGGUCGGGCAUAUGAACCAAUCAGCAACCUGAAUGGACGAGCUCGGCAAGAUACUGCUACUAACGGGCAUGGGAAUGGACACACACCACCGCCCGUUCCACUGGAUAGAAAGGCUGCUGAAGUUGGGUACAUCCCAGGCAGAAGCUUCGUCGGCAGGGUGCUUGAGUGCGGCUGGGAAAUCCCAGAGGAGACAUUCAGGAGGGGCGAUUGGGUUGCUGGAUUGCUUGAUGCUCGCAAGUGUGGUGCCCUCGCCGAAUUCAUAGUUGUUGAUCGGCGCCGUGUCCACCGUGUUCCUUAUCCGAAUAUGGAUUCGGCACAAAGCGUGCAAAGCUACGACGCUCUCCCGAAUGGGAAUGAUAACGUCGCCAGUGCUUCGAAGGUGGAUAAUGUCCAGCAGAAGUAUCCCAGAAGGUUGUCCAGGACGCCUUCGACAUCCUCUGGCUCACAUAUGCGGCAUCCAUCCUCCGAUAAAUCAUCUGCACCUGAGCGACCACCGCCUAUGACACUCGAAGAGCUAGCUCUAUUGGCUUUGACAGGUAUUCCCGCCUAUCGCGCUGUCAGAACCUUCCAAUUUGCACAUGCAUCUCGGUCCGCUGGCUUGAGCCAUAACGCGAUGCAUCCAUCCAGCAAGCCAGCGGACGACCAAAGAAGAGUGGUCGUUCUGAAAGGCCACGAUGGCGUGGGGGCCAUGGCGGUGCAAAUGUUGGUGAAAGAUGGGUGGAGGGUCUGUGUGCACGCACCGUUGCCCAAGGUUGAUCUAGACGAUGCAGAAAGAAACAGACAAGAAGCGAUGCUAGUCAUCGAAGAACGCGCUAGACUGUGGGGGGCGGACGAGGUUAUCUUCGAUGAUGGCGGCCUAGAAAGGGAGAGUCCUGCAGCGAAAAGGACUGGUCCUGUUGUACGAGUACUGCAACGACUCCUCGAAGAUGGCGAUGUGUUUGAGGCUGUCCUCGACACAGUUGGUGGAAAGGAUGUAUGGGAAGCCUCAGAGAAACUCUUGUCAAUCAGACUUCCUAGUGGUCAGCAAGCACAAUUUACCACGCUCGUCGGCGACAAUCCGGAGAGGCCUAUACCGACAGCAGGCGAUAAUUUUAGAGCGGGAGUCAGGAACUGGAAGCUUGGAAGCAGCCCUCGCAAAGGACGGCUCGUUCGGAGUGCCAGUUUAAGCGUCAGCGGUAGUAAUGCUCAGGCUAUUGAUCCCUCAAUCCUACCCCCAGAGGUCAUCGGGAAGGGGAAGGGGAAAGUGGAGUACGCCUGGGUGAGUUUGGCCCAGGACGUGGGCUGGGAAGGCGAGGAUGUUGGCUCAAGCCUGGCAGAGGUGUUGAGGAUGGCACUGGACAUGGGUAUACGACCUUUCGUUGAGGAAGUCGAUAAAAUUGGCGAGAGGACCGCCCUCUUCGAAAAGGUCCCGGAUCUAUUUAGGGAAAAGGGCAGCAUACCUACCCAGAUAUUACGAGACGGGGGUACUGUGGUGGUCAAAGUCGUUGAGUAG